AUGGCAUCAUCAAAAGGUUAUAGACCACUGCCUUCGGAUAUAAGGUUGUACUUCAACGCUUUUACAAAAGUGAAACUGAAAACUGAAGAAACUGAGGAUAUCCCAACCUACAGAUUCAUCUUCACUGACCUAGAUGACAUGGAUCAAUUACAGAAAAGAUGUGGAAAAACAACCUACACUACAGGUGUCAUUGGAAAACUGAGGAGUGUAAAAGCACCAGAGAUAAUUCGAAAAAGAUCAGAUGUAGAUGCCCUCAAAACUGACAUCACAAUAGAAAAUGAAAGGGGAGCACGAACAACAAUAGCUUUGUGGGGAGAUACUGCAAACCCAGUUCAUAAUUCAAAGACAAUAACUAAAGGUCAAAAUGUGAUGGUGAUUGUAACCGAUCUAAUAGUGGAUAAGUUUUCAGACUCAACUCAAGUGGAUGUUAUUCAUAACAACAAAAAGGAAAUGGAGUCCAUUGAUGCAUUACUUUUCAAAAACAGAAUCAUCGUAAUGGAAGGGCUUCAACUGCUACAGGAUUCAGCCAACAAUGGAACAACUUUCACGAUCAAGGCAACAGUGAUCCGUAUCGUAGAGCGAUCGACUUGGUUCUACAUGGCGUGUUCAAGAUGUACCAAGGCACACCUCAUGAAAGAUGGAUAUCCAUGGUGCAACGAUUGCGCGAAAAAAAUUAGAAAUCCAGUUCCAAGAUACAAAUUGCAGCUCAUGGUGACAGACAAUGCCACGCCAGCUGUCAUAAUAGUUUCGGGACCAGCGACAGAACCACUACUCGAUAAUGAAAAUAUGGCAGAGUUUGUUCUCGAAAUAGUGGAUACGCUGGGAAAGUCAUUUAUAUUUGAAGUGCACCUGAAUGAGAAAUCCUUUGGCUACAGUAAUUUUUCGGUCAGGAAACUGUAUCCGAUAAAUCAUGACCUUGAAGCCAAAUAUGAACUCCGUAAUAUGCAGCAGGCAUUACCAACCAACGGAACUGCUAAUAUGGACGGAGAUGAAAAUAUGAAAGAAAUCAUAGCAUUGGCGGACUUGGCAGAAAAGGGAUUACAAAGCAAUGAUGCCGCGGAGACUGGCAAACAUGUUGAUACUGAAAAGGGUGAAUAUAUGCCGCAGAGACUGGAAAGGGAGAACUUGCCGGAAAGUGCCCAGCAUGGUGACAAUGAAAACUUGGAGGAUGAGGCGGCAUUGGCAGAAUUAGAAGCCGGGGAAAAAGCAUGCCAGAAUGGUCAAAAGGGUGAAUAUAUGCCGCAAAGACUGGAAACUGCCCAGCAUGGUGACAAUGAAAACUUGGAGAUGAGGCGGCAUUGGCAGAAUUAG